GCUCAUGAAGUAAACAGCCAUGUGCAUUCCUUACUCUAUAUUUAACAGCUGCUGUCUGUGCUGGAGGAGACAGCGCAAGAAGGGAAUCUGUGUAGCUUAUUAAAUUCAUCUCUCUGAAGGGGGGAGGUGGGGAAAGCUGAUUGGCAGGGGAGAGGGAUUUCUCUCGUGUACAAUUUUUUGAAAGCAGGUUUCAUCUAGGAAGACUCCACAAUGCCAGCAUCCCAAAGCCGGGCCAGAGCCAGAGAGCGGAACAAUGUCCUCAACAGGGCUGAGUUCCUCUCCUUGAACCAGCCCAUGAAAGGGACCCAGGAGACCAGGAGCUCCAGCAGAAAGCAGGGCGGCCAAGCUGGCCUGGCUCCCACCCAAAACGAGGGCACUAAGGAGCGGAGGCAAUCGCAGCAGCUGCCGGAGGAGGACUGCAUGCAGCUGAACCCCUCUUUCAAGGGAAUUGCCUUCAACUCCCUGCUGGCCAUCGAUAUCUGCAUGUCCAAGAGGCUGGGGGUCUGUGCCAGCAGCGCCUCGUCGUGGGGCAGCGCCCGCUCCAUGAUUACACUCCUCGGGAUCACGGGGCACGGCGUACCCUGGAUCGGGGGCACCCUGGUUUGCCUGGUGAAGAGCAGCACGCUGGCGGGACAGGAGGUCCUCAUGAACCUGCUGCUAGCAUUGUUCCUAGAUAUCUUGAUUGUGGCAGGAUUGCAGAAGCUGGCCAAGCGACGAGGCCCAUAUGAUGUCCACCCUGGCCUCUUGGACUAUCUGACCAUGGACAUCUACGCUUUCCCUGCUGGCCACGCCAGCCGAGCUGCCAUGUUGUCCAAAUUCUUCCUCAACCACCUGGUUUUGGCCAUCCCUCUCCGGAUCCUGCUGGUCCUCUGGGCCUUUUUUGUGGGGCUUUCCCGCAUCAUGAUUGGACGACACCAUAUCACAGAUGUCCUAUCUGGCUUUGUCUUUGGCUACUUGCAGUUCAGGCUGGUGGAGUUGUUGUGGAUGUCUUCCAACACAUGUCAGAUGAUAAUAUCAAUCUGGUGAACACGGAAAUCCCUGAUGGAAACUAGCAGAUACUUUAAGAAUCUCUUGCUCUCAUUUUUUCAAUAUAAUUCUUCAUAUUCAUUGGGAAAAAAAUUAACUUCCAUAAAUAGUAGUUGUAUUUUUACUGCUGCUCCCCUGCCCUC